CUCUGACGCAUCUGUAACUUGUUUUGUAUCGAGAGCACACGCUAGCCUGAGAGAGACUCUCCCACUGCUGCUAGGAUGAGUGUCUCUCAGGAGAGAGAGGAGGCUGCAGGUCACAGUGAGACACUCAGACCAGAGUCUGCAGCACACAGCUGUGUGCAACAAAGCAGCAAAGCAACACACUCUGAUGGAGGCCCACAGACACACCACAGACCUCCAUCUCCAGUGCCCAGCUGUGUGUCCAUGAAGAGUGAUGGGUCCAUGGAUGCUAUUCUCAACUUCAACAGUGAACCAGCUCCAUCAGGUCUAGACCCACAGACACACCACAGACCUCCAUCUCCAGUGCCCAGCUGUGUGUCCAUGAAGAGUGAUGGGUCCAUGGAUGCUAUUCUCAACUUCAACAGUAAACCAGCUCCAUCAGGUCUAAAGUGUGGAGUGUGUGAGCAGGUCCUGAGAGACCCAGUCAUCACCACCUGUGGACACAGUUUCUGCAGGCAGUGCAUCAGCAGCUACUGGGAGCAGCCUGUACUACCAGGAGACCAAGCCUGUCCCCAGUGUGGAAAGACAUGCAGGACCCAACCUCCUCUACAGCCUCCUCUGGAUGAACACACAGAUAAGGGAACACACGAUGAGAACCUGAGGAGAGUUAUAAAGAAUCACAAAGGCAGUCUGAAGAGGAGGUUUGAGAACAUAUCUGAAGGCAUCAUCAAACCAGGAGCUGAGAUACUCCUCAAUAAGAUCUACACAGAGCUCUACAUAACAGAGGGAGAGAGUGAAGGGGUGAAUAAGGAACAUGAGGUUUGGCAGGUAGAGUCAGCGUCCAGAUCUCAAUCCACAGAAGACACACCAAUCAACUGCAACGACAUCUUCAAGCCCUUACUUGGACAGGAGAAGCACAUCAAAACUGUAAUGACCAAGGGUGUUGCGGGAAUUGGAAAAACUGUCUCAGUUCAGAAGUUCAUUCUUGACUGGACAGAUGGGAUAGCCAAUCAGAAUAUAGAUUUUAUGUUUCCCCUUUCUUUCCGUGAGCUUAAUUUAGUCAGGGGUGAUCAGUAUAGUUUUCACAGGCUCCUGCUUGACUUCCACCCUGAGCUGAAGGAGCUGAAUGAUGGUGAAGGACACAAAGACUGUCAGGUUGUGUUCAUCUUUGAUGGCUUGGAUGAGAGUCGGUUGACUCUGAACCUGGAGCAGAACAGUGAGUUGUCUGAUGUGAAACAAACAUCAUCAGUGGAUGUUCUGAUGACGAGCCUCAUUCAGGGAACUUUGCUUCCUUCUGCACUCAUCUGGAUAACCUCAAGACCAGCUGCAGCCAGUCAGAUUCCUGCUCAGUUCAUCGACCAGGUAACAGAAGUACGAGGAUUCAACGACCUCCAGAAGGAAGAAUACUUCAGGAAGAGAAUCAUUGAUGAGAGUCAGGCCAACAGAAUCAUCUCACACAUUCAGACAUCCAGGAGUCUCCAUAUUAUGUGCCACAUUCCAGUCUUCUGCUGGAUUGCAGCCACUGUACUUCAGCAGAUGCUGGAAAUGAAAACCAUCAAAGACGUUCCCAAAACUUUGACUGAGAUGUUCAUACACUUCUUGCUCAUCCAGACCACAAGAAAGGAUCAGAAGUAUCAGAGUGGACCUGAAACAGAUACAAAAAAACUUCUGGAAUCUCAGAGAAACAUUUUACUGAAGCUGGCAGAACUGGCUUUCAAGAAUCUAGAGAAUGGCAACCUCAUGUUUUAUGAGGAAGACCUGAGAGAGUGUGGCAUUGAUGUCAAUGAAGCCUCAGUGUACUCUGGUAUGUGCACUGAGAUCUUCAAGACAGAACCUGUGGAAUCUCAAAAGAAGAAGGUCUACUGCUUUGUGCAUCUUAGUGUCCAGGAGUUUCUGGCAGCUGUGUUUGUGUUUCACUCAUAUUUGGCUAAGGACCUUAUGGCUCUAAAAUCCCUCAUCGAUGAUGAGCGUAGAGAUGAACUCAAUCCAUCAGUUUUAUCUUCCCUUCAAUCAGCACUAGGGUUAAAAGACAACUUACAUGUUUUACUUAAGAGUGCAGUUGAUAAGGCUUUGGAGAGCCCGAAUGGACACCUGGAUCUCUUCCUUCGCUUCCUUAUGGGCAUUUCUCUGGAGAGCAAUCACAGACUUUUGCGAGGUCUACUGAACCGCACACACAACAGCUCAAAUAGCAUCAAGCAAAUAUGUGAGUACAUGAAGAAGCUCAACAGAGAAGGUCUCUCUCCUGAACGAUGCAUCAAUCUUUUCCACUGCUUAUUUGAAAUGAAUGAUGUUUCCAUGCACAAAGAAAUUGAGACAUACUUGUCAUCACCAAAGAACAUCAAACAGAAGUUAUCUCCUGCCCACUGUUCAGCACUGGCCCACAUGCUUCUGAUGUCUGAGGAUGUGCUGGAUGAGAUUGACCUGAAGAAAUACAACACAUCAGAUGAGGGACGCAGGAGACUGAUCCCAGCUGUGAAGUGCUACAGAAAGGCACAACUUGAUGAAUGCAAACUCUCAGAGAAGUCCUGUGGAAUUGUGGCUACUGUUCUACAGUCACCAAACUCCCUGAUAGAACUGGACCUGAGUCACAAUGACCUGGGAGAUUCUGGAGUACAUCUCCUCUCUAAGGGUCUGUCUAGUCCUAACUGCAAACUGCAGACCUUAAGACUCAGUAAGUGUGGCAUCUCAGAUGAAGGUUAUGUUUGUCUGGCUCUGGCUCUGAUGUUAAACCCCUCCUGUGUAAAAGAACUGGUUGUGAACAACAAUCAUCCUGGAGAAUCAGCACAGAAACUGUUAUCUGCUACACUAGAGGAUCCUCACCACAAAGUUGAAGCACUUCAAUUUGCUGACUGUAAACUCACAGAUAAAUCCUGUGAGAUUGUUGCUUCAGUUCUACAAUCACCAAACUCACUGCUACAGCUGGACUUGAGUCACAAUGAUCUGGGGGAUUCUGGAGUUCAGCUUCUCUCUAAAGGACUGUCCAGUUUUAACUGCAACAUUCACACAUUAAGGCUCUCUGAUUGUCUCAUCUCAGAGAAGGGUUGUGGUUUUCUGGCUUCUGCUUUGACUUCAAAUCCCUCCCAUCUAAAAGAGCUGGAUCUGAGCUACAAUCAUCCUGGAGAAUCAGGACUGAAGCUGUUAUCUGCUAGACUGGAGGAUCCUGUCUGUAAACUGGAGAUACUUAAAACUGACCAUGCUUCUGUGAGCAGAGCACGACCACGUUUGCUGAGAUAUGCCUGUGAUCUCACACUGGACCCAAACACAGCACACAGAAAUCUCUCUCUCUCUGAGGGGAACAGAAAGGUGACAUGUGUGAGAGAGGAGCAGCCGUAUCCUGAACACCCAGAGAGAUUUCACUACUGGUAUCCUCAGGUGUUGUGUAGAGAGGGUCUGACUGGACGCUGCUACUGGGAGGCUGAGUGGAGUGGAGAUGAUGGAGCUGAGAUAUCUGUGGCCUAUAAAAGCAUCAAGAGGAAAGGGGACAGUAAUGACGUCACAAUGGGACGGAAUGCCAAGUCCUGGAGUCUGCGCUGCUCUCCUCACAGUUACUUUGUCAGGCACAAUAAUGAAGAGACUGACAUACCUGCCCUCUCCUCCGGCUCCAGUAGAGUAGGAGUGCACCUGGACUGGCCGGCCGGCACUUUAUCCUUCUACAGCGUCUCCUCUGAUACACUCACCCACCUGCACACGUUCCACUCCACAUUCACUGAGCCCCUCUGUCCAGGGUUUAGCUUUUAUGUUUAUGACUCCUCAGUGUCCCUGUGCCAGAUCACAUGAGCUCCUCCUCCAGCAGGUACAUCCACUUGUCAUCCUUUCUCUCAAUCCUCAGUCUCCUCGCUUCUCUCCUCUCUACCUCUCUCUCUACCCUCAGUUUCUACCCCCACUCUUCUCUUUUUCUCUGUCAUUCCCCUCCCUUUCUCUCUACCUCUCUGACUCUUCAUUCUUUCUCCUCUCCCCUAUCCUUCUGUUUCCUCCCUUUCCACUUCUAUUUGUAUGUGUGUGGUUUGCAUGAAACUGUCGUCUAUUUGCAUCAUGACCCCUCUUUCUCUCUUCCCUCUCUCCUCCUUCUCUCUUUCUCUCUGUCAUUCUCUCUACCUCUCUGUCCCCUCUAACAUUCUCCCUCUUUUUCUCCCUCUCUCCUCUCUCUUUCUGACUCUUCAUUCUUUCUCUGUCUCCCCUAUCCUUCUGUUUCCUCCCUUUCUUCUUCUAUUUGUAUGAAACUGUUGUCUAUUUGCAGACUUCAUCAUGACCCCUCUUUCUAGACUUCUCUUUCCCUCUUCCCUCUCUUCUCCUUCUCUCUUUCUGUCCCUAAUCUUUCUGUAUUAUGAGGCUACUGUGGGCCAUCAGCACAAUAAAUUAAACCAGGAACUUUGGCCACUAGGCUACAAGCACGAUAGUUUAAAUUUAUCAUGCACCAUUGUUGCUGUAGUUUUUCAUCUUCAGCUGUGUGUGUGUGUGUGUGUGUGUGUGUGGUUUGUAUGAAACUGCCAAAAUUCAAAACACAAAUUCAUCAACACAAGACACUGCGCAACAUUCCACAGUAACCACGUAACCGUAGCAACAUCCAUUGUGAUGUAAGCACCUGGUGCUUGAUCUGUGGCCCUGGCAGUUGAGCAUGCUGCAGGAACACCAGAGUCACACACUCCUGUUCAUACACAUGUGUGAUGCUGAGAUGCUAUUGAGAUAUUGCUAUCUAUAUUCAAUUUAUAGACUUCUGUUUUGGUGAUACGAAAUAAAUUAUGAUAUUGCUUUCUUCAUAUUUUGCGCUUUUCCUAAAAUUAAUGUGUGAAUUAUAAAAAUGUUUCAGCAACAACAACAUAAUGUAUUCUGUAAAUUGAGUUAUUUGCUGAAUCUCUUUAAAAAUGAUUUCUAUAUGUGUUGACACAGAACUAUAAAACAUGCCUGUUUUCCCAACUUCAAAUAUGUAAAUAAAAUGUGUUUUUGACUUUAAAAUCUCUGAAUAAAGAUUCCGA